GCAUCAUCGGCCGGAGCCUCAUGAGACAUGACAAAGCCUCCCUGGUGGCAGCUGGUGCAAGAAAUAGCUCACGUUCAUAGCGCCAGCACUAGAAGAAACCGAUGAAGCUGUUCGCGUUCGUCAGGCGCGCUCGCCGGACAUCGGCAGCGGCGACGAUGACAGUGGAGCCGGUUCCGGUGCCGGUGGCGCCUGUGUCCGCUGCGGAGAAGCGGCGGCGGAGGCCUUCGUCGUCGGGAUCGGCGUCCUGGAAGCCGACGCUGGUCGCCAUCUCCGAGGACGCUGCGGUGGCCGCCGCCAAGGCCGAUGCCGGAAAGGCCAAGGGCAAGGUGAAAGUGAAGCCGGCGGCGGCCAAGGCCAAGGCGAGGCCGUCGCCUCGCUCGCUCCAGCCUGACUACGACGACUUCCGGCGCUUCAGGGCACCCACGGUGCUGCCGGCGUUCGCGCCCACGGCGUUCCUGUUCUGAGCGAGCGAGAGCUCCCUCGCUGUUGUGGUGUGCCGUGAUGGCCUGAUGGGAGUGGCAAAUGGCAGCGUGGUGGUCUGACCAUGAACCCUCUCCGCUUUGUGCUUUGUGUGCCCAAUAUGAGCUCGUAAAGCUGAUGCUUCUAUGAUUCCCAGUGUUGGUUUCUCAUGUGAAUAUCUAUGUCUAUUGUUUUGGCUUCCAUCCAACUCGCGUUGCGCCUCUCCGUUUAGAUCGUUUUCCGAGUUUGAUGAUGGGCUGAUGGCAUUGACAAAAGCAGUACUUCCAGACAGUUUCCGAAGAUAGGAUAGCAGGAUCGACGUUGAAAUCCCACUGUACUUUGCAACAUUCAGGUCAUUCAUCCCUGUGAGACUCUCCCUGUGAUCAGCAAUAUAGAGGGCAAAUAAAAUAAGCAAAUCAUGAGAGAAUUGCACAAUCAGACUCACUGGUGACAGGCCAUUCACUCAUAAUUAACUUUGUUGAUGAAUUCAUUUUGGUAAGAGGGUGUAAACACCCUAAUCUGGCAACAUCGUAAAACAAGCACGCCAGAAUCCAUACACGGCAAGCCCAAUUAUGGCGAUACAAUGCCUCAAAAAAAAAACUAUGG